AUGAUCUUAUUGAUCCUGUCCAAUCAGCUUUUGUCCCUGGUAUGGUGUGAUGAUGAAGCUGUCUUAAUCCGUGUAGAAUACCAAGGUCUUCCUGCUAUAUGCCAACACUGUCAGAUUUUUGGGCAUGAGAUUGCUAAGUGUGUUUCAACCCAGGUUGCCCACUUGAUCUCCUUACAAAAAAACACUGAGGAGCAAACUACGGAGUUGGUAGAUGAGUGGACAACUGUUACAGCUAAAGGUAAAAGAAAGGUGGGAGAACCAGAACCAGUUCUCAGCCCCAUCUUGGAGGAGGAAACAAAUCCUAUCAACAUGAUAGUGGAGUUGGCUCCUAACCCUGUGGUAGAGGAGGCUCCUCAACCUUACCAAGCAGUGGUGGAUCUCUCAGAAGGUUCGGAGGAGAUUAAUGCAGUGAUGGACCCGGCUAAAGAAAUGGACAAGUUUACAGAAAAAGUUCUGGAAAUCACGAAGCUGGUUAUUCCUCAGACAGCUGAGCACAUGGAGUCAGUGAUCGCUGAAGUCAAGUUGGCAAGGGAAAUAAAAAAAGCUUCUACUCACCAAGUAGCUAAUCAGAUGAGUGGUAAGUCCUCUGGCAAAGGUACUAGCAGCCAGAGGAGGAAGAAAAGAGGGUUGAAUGACCCUUCUAAACAUAAGGAAAUUAAAAAUUUGGUUCUCAAUGAAAAUAUCAAUGUCAUGGGUGUUUUGGAGACUAAGAUCAAACAAAUAACGGAGUUGGCUACAAAUGAUGUUUUUUUUGCAACUUUUGUUUAUGCUGAAAAUAAACACAAUUUAAGACUUCCUCUUUUUGAGAGUUUGGCUCAGAUCUCCCGGGCUAAAUCCAAAUCCCCCAGUAUUUUUUUGGGUGAUUUCAAUGCUACUAGAAUCCGUCAGGAAAAAGUGGAGGGGUCUUCAAACUGGUCUUCUGAGCAUGAGGCGUUUAAUACCUGCAUAAAUGAGUCUGAAUUGGCUGAGCUUUCCUAUGGGGGAUGCCAGUUCACUUGGUCUAACAAAAGGUGUGGUGGUGAAUACAUAGCCACGAAAAUUGAUAGGGUGUUAAUCAAUGAGGCUUGGUUAGACAAAUUUCCUGAGUCUACUGCCUUCUUUCUCCCUUCAGGGGUCUCUGAUCACUCCCCUGCUAUGGUCAACACAUCUAUUGCUAAGACCUCUUUCAAAAAACCUUUUAAGUUCUUUGAUUGUUGGUCUAAACAUCCGGAGUUUAUCUCUACUGUGUCCUCCUCUUGGAAUCAAUAUAUUAGAGGUGUCCCUAUGUUUCGAGUGUAUCAAAAACUGAGGCAACUCAAGGUCAAACUCAAACUCCUAAACAAAAAGGACUUUAGCGAUAUAUCGCUCCGUGUUCAAGCAUCAAAGACCAAUUUGGACCUUCUCCAAUUUAAAUUAGAUAAGGACCCAUUGAAUUGUGUGCUUCAAGGUCAGGAGAGGGAGGAGCAUAAGAAGUAUUUAGAUCUUAGACAGGUGGAAGAGAGUCUUGCCCUUCAGAAAUCUAGAAUCCAAUGGCUCGGGCUUGGGGAUAAGAAUAGUAGCUUCUUUUUUAGAACUGUCAAAAGUAAUAUAAAUAGGGGGAAGAUUCUGAGUGUUGAUAUGGGUAAUGGCCUUAGAUCCACUGAAAGUGGUGACAUUCACAGUGCUUUCAUUCAGUACUUCACUAAUCUUUUUGGUUCCCCUUUUGAGGAUGAGUAUCAAAUCCCUAAGCGAUAA